AUGGACCACUCGCUGUUUGGUUGCCUCCGUAGCCCCCACGCUCCGUCACAAGGCCUGCACCCGUACCUGGACCUGCCCAGCCCCUCUCCUCCCUGCGGCUUCCCCGGAGGAGGGGAGGACACCGGGACCUUCGGCGCUCACCAGGUCCCCCUGUCCCAGCACCAGGGUCCCUCGGGGUGGCCCCCUCCCCCGUCGCACGUCCAGUCUCCCACGGCCCAGCACGGGGUGAGCCUGCCGGAGAACAGCCCGGAACAGUGCUCCGGGGCGGGGGGCACUCCGCGCGGCGCUGACCCCACGCGGGGGUCAAGUGCGCCGGGCGAGUUCGGACACGCUCUGCCCACCGAGGAGGCGGAGAGGAGGAGGAGCAAAGCCAAGAGCGAAGGGGCAGAGUCCCAGGACGGGAGCUACAAGGGGGACAUGAGCGGCGGGAAACCCAGGAAGGAGCGCACGGCCUUCACCAAGGAGCAGAUCCGGGAGCUGGAGACGGAGUUCGCGCACCACAACUAUCUGACCAGACUGAGGCGCUACGAAAUCGCCGUCAACCUGGACCUCACCGAGAGACAGGUGAAGGUCUGGUUCCAGAACCGUCGGAUGAAGUGGAAACGUGUGAAAGGAGGACAACAGGGACCAGCGGCCAGAGAGAAAGAACUGAACCACGUGAAGAAGGGGACUUUACUGCCCUCUGAGUUCUCAGGACUAGUGGGACUGUCGCCUCCUUCUGGCUCCCCCAGUCAUGAGGAGGACAGUGGAGACAGUGAGCGCAGCUCUGAACAGGCACAGCUAUGA